AUGUCUAGCUCCGGUCUUCAUGUCCCGAGACCACUGCUCUGGGUGCAGCUUCUCCUACCGCUUCUCCUCGGCCCGAGUUUGGCACAGGCGCAAACCAACAGUCAGCAGGCUUAUGCCCUACCUGGAGCUAUUGCAUUAGGGUGCACAAACUUGUAUAUGUUCAGCGAAACGACAGAGUCUGCCCUGAACACCGAGGCUAUGACGCCGGCUCUCUGCCAGGAGGCGUGUUUCGUAGACAAGACCCCGAGACGCGUGUACGCUAUCCUGGUCGGCGACGAUUGCUUCUGCGAUAUCGGAAGUCCUCUGUAUGCCGUCCCGACAGGCGAUGAAUCGGCCUGUUUUCUUGCUUGCUCGGGAGGUCCAGUCGGAGCGUCCUGCGGUGCAUGGGCAGAAGACCCAACAGUUGCCAUAGCCAACGUGUACAACUACCCUCUUCCUGAAACGACUUCUACUACAGACACAGCCUCCUCCACAUACCUAUCAACUCUUGAGAUCAGCUCAGAAGAAGCCUCCUCUACUGCCACGGUAUCAAGUUCAGUCGAUGAGUCGAGUUCAACCACGGAGACGGCAUCAAUCACGAUAUUCAGCUCCGACACAACAUCUGCUUUUAGCACAACGUCAAGCCUCAGUCCACCAUCUAGCUCAACAGAUGAGUCCUCUAGCUCUCUGGAGGCCAGCUCUAGCUCGAGUAUCGACUCAACCGAAAGUUCGAGUGUUGCUCCAAGCUCUGAUACCUCAAGCUCCGAACUCAUAUCCAGCACAUCUGUCACUCCUAGCAGCAGCAGUACAGCCGAUGAACUUUCAUCCACAUCAAGCCCUGUAGAGACUGGUGCUUCCAGUUCGAGCAUUACUGCAUCGUCAACAGACGAUGUCAUCAGUUCUAGCAGCAUUGUAACUGAGAGUGUCACCAGCUCUACCGAUAGCGAUACUGGGAGCAGUAGCGAUGUCAUUUCAGCGUCACCAACCAUCGUGUCGACAACUGAUACAUCCACAACACCUUUCCCGGAGUCAGAUACGACAAGCAACCCCACUACCAACAGUGAAGCUAGCAGCACACAGUCUAGCAACGAUGAUGUUUUAUCAUCGUCCUCGGAUCCUCUCUUCUCGACCUCCACUGCAAUUGCUAGUAGCUCCACUGAGCUCCCGACUUCAACAACACAGUCUGAUGACACUGAUUCCGCAACACCCACAACAUCCGCUGGGGCUGCAACAACUUUCAGCCCUUCUCCCAGUAUGACUCCGGAAUCAUCAUCUGAUACGGAUUCUUCUAGCACUAGCAGUGGUGCACCGGGCCUCACACCUAGUCCCGAGCCCUCGACCACGGCUACCACUCAGGGUCCCGACCUGUCUCUCUCUGAACAAUUCCCAACACUCACCCCAAGCAGCAGCCGGAGCACAUUUUCUCCGCCGUUCCCUUUCACAAACUCGUCGAUCAGUUUAUCUUCAACCACACAAGAGGAACCAAGUCAAACACCAGAAACGUUAGAUCUGGACAUCGAGGUCACACCAAGCCCCGAAACCUCGCAAACCGACGGCUCGCCCAGCAUCCAAACCCCGCCAGCAUUUUCCAACAGUCAAAUCACACCAGGGGUUUCAGACACCCAAGGCACACCCAUUGCGUCAAAUAGCCAAUCCACUCCAGUCGUGCCAGAUAGCCAAAUCACACCAGUCGUGUCGAGUACCCAAACUUCAGCAGGUGUCCCAGGCAUUCAGAGCACGCCUGGCUCGUCAAGCAUUAGUAGUAUCUCGGCCUCAUCCUACAACCCCGAGCUUAAUUCCUUCCAUAUCUGCAGGAGCAUCAUCACCCUCGGCUCCAGACAGCGGCCCGGAAACCGGUUCGUCCACAUCGUCGGAGCCUGCCUCAAGCUUGCUGAACACUGA